AUGGCCUGUAAAAGCGACAAGUGUGUCUCGGAGCCGGAGAAACAGAUCAGCUCAGACGAACAUCCGACACCCUUCAACCUCGGACCGAUGGGAGUGCUCAUGGUCUUCUGUAUCAUCAUGUCGCUGGCAUCCAGUCUGUACCACAACUGGCCAGCCAUCGAAAGAAUAUUUAUAGACGACAGGGUGUUCGACUCACUAUGCACGGAGCAGCAGAGAAAAAACGCAAUUCCAGGCUUCUUCGUGUGCGAUAAGCAGAGAGACGCAAUCGGAGACCUGACGCUGUACGUGUUCUUCUCAGAGUUCGUGGCCUUCUCGCUCUGCGGACCGCUGGCGGACGUGCUGGGCGUGUAUCCGAUCCUGAACAUCGGCUUCAUGGCAGGAUUCUUCGCCUUCCUGGCAAUCUAUUAUUUUCACUCGAACCUUGCAGUGCUUAAGCUGGCGUGCUGCUUUUGGGGAUUCUCAGGAGGCUCAGUGAUCAUCGUGUCAGUGCACUUCGCGAGAAUGUUCCCAGAUACGACGAGUCUGGCGGACGGAAUGAUGAUCUUCUUCGAAAACAUAUCAUCGGUGAUACCGAUCAUAAUAGGGAAAAUCAUGAAGAAGUAUAAGCUGACGUACUACCAGGCCUUCGGCUCGUACGUGGUCUGGGGGAUCCUGCCGUCGUUCCUGCUGGCAAUCACGUUCAUCCCCUCGAGAAUCGCGUCGAAAAACGAAGACUCGCCGGCGAAGAAGGAACUGGGCGAGGAGCUGAAGAACCAGAAGUUCUGGAUGAACCUGGUGGUGUACGCGAUCCCAGUGACGUCCUCGGUCUUCUACAGGAAGACGUUCUCGGCCUAUUUCCUGAAUAACCAGAGGCUGAUCCAGGUCUUCCCGAUCAUACAGCUGUUCGUGUUCGCGCCGACGCCCUUUGUCGCAGUGCUGGACCAGUUCCUGGGAAUACACCUGACGUCCUCGCUGCUCUACGUGUGCUACAUCGUGGGAUUCUGCUGCUUCAUGUACCCGACGAGAGCAUACGGGCUCAUGUCGAUCAUGUGCUUCGUGGUCGCACACGCGGCGGAGCACCAGAUCAUGCACUAUAUCAGCCUCUACCACCCGAACUACGAGUCGACGCUCAUGGGAAUCUCGUACGCAGUGGUGUGCGUGGUCGGAUCGAUGCUGGAGAGAAUGUUCACGCUGAUAUACAACAGGAUCUCGCCGAGGGCGGUGAUAUACAUCAUCUCGGGCCUGCUGGUGCUCUCGAUCAUAUACUCGAUCUACUGCCACCUGGACACGGCCUGCGGGAAGACGGACACCAAGAAAAUCACGAGUUUCAAGAUCAUAUACGUGAUCUUCUGGCUGAUCCCGUUUCUGAUGCUGUGUCUGGUCCUGUCGGUGAGGGGGCUGUACACGAAGAGGAAGGAGACGAAGAAGCCGACUGAUGAAACGCUGGCACAGUACCUGUACCAGAAGAUAGCGACGAUAUCAAUCACGUUCUACGCGUUCACAUUCUACUACGUAAGCACGGUCUUCCUGGUCCUCGUGUCAAUAUUCGAGAACUCGAACAAGAUGAGGGAGCAGCGGCUGAGAGGGCUCACGCUCUUCGUCUUCCUAAUCUGCUUCUUCGUGCUGCCGCAGCUGGUGGUCAUCGUGCAGUUCAGGUUCUUCAAAGGAUUCGUGAACAUCACGGUCUUCACCUUCCUGCUAUUCGUGUUCAAGGCGUCGCUAUUCGCGGCGAGGUACGUGAUACGGUCGAAGUACUUCGUGACCUGCUUCGCAAUCUUCCUGUUCAUGUACGGAUACGUCUUCUUCAUGUUCACGUACAUGCUCACAUUCUACAACAUGCAGAUCACGUUCGCGGAGAGGAAGUACAGGUCCUCGCUGUUGCACAUCGGGAGCACGUUCACUAUAUUCAUUCUCUUCAGGUUCUUCUACAGAGAGCUCGUUAAGUUCACGCGCAAGUACUACGUGCUCUGGGUGUUCACCAUGUGCUUCUACCUCUUCUUCGCGACGAUCCUGUACCUCUACUUCUCGUACGAGAUGGACAUUCCGUACACGUGGUACUCGGCGAACCUGUGCUUCCCGAAGGGCCUGAAGGAGGACCCGUCGAAGUACUUCGACGCCACGUGCGUGGGAGUCGUGUCGAACUUUGCGCUGACGAUACUCAACUUCGCCCUCAUUCUGAGCACGAAGAUAACGAAGACGCUGCACUGGCUGUUCCUGGCCCUGGUGACACUGGACUCCCUGGCGGCGCUGACGGUGUUACUGCCCCAAAACAUCGGCCUCUGGAACACAGAGACGCCCUGUUGCGUUAUAUCAGUGGCCUCGAUCAUCGUGUCUCUGAUCCUGAUGGCCCUGAGACUGUUUUUCAAGGCAGACACGACCACGGGAACCAUGGCGUCCACGGUACUCAUGAUUUCUAACUUUGUACUCCUGACACUGUCGAACAACCUGUGCUGGCUGAGGGCCCAGUACGAGCUGCAGAAAAAGAGCCUGUGCAACUGCUGCUGCAAAAACCUGGAAAACGGCUGCUGCAAUAACGGCUGUUGUGCCAAGAGAGCAGACGGCCAGUGCCAUAAGAAGUGCACGUGUAUAUCCUCGGACUGCAGGCACUGCCACCCCGAGUUGCAUCAAGAAUUACCGAAAGAAGAGAACGGACAGGAAAAGAACGGAGCGAAAGGUGGAGACGGAUCAAAUGGCAGCACCGGAGAAGGUCAGAACGGGGGAGCGGAAGAGAACGGGAAUGAUAAUGGAAACGGCAAUGGGAAUGGUAAUGGAAAAAAGAGAAAACCAGUGUAUAUGGCUUCAUGUCUGAGCUGCGAAAUAAACAAGUGCUCGAAGACGAUUUCAACCAGAGACAAUCACAUAAUAUUCUGUUUCUAUGAAACGGAGCACCCUGAGGUGAACAAGAAGUUUAUGCAAUUUUACCUAGGAUCUAUCCUCGGAUGGGCCCUAUUCAUCAUUUACAUGGGCAUUUCGAAGGAUAGAUACCAGUUUCACUCGUACCUGUAA